AUAAAAUGAGUGAUAAAUCAACAAAUCAUAGACACAAUUAUGAAAAACUUUUAGGCAAUGAUUAUCAGCCAAAGUUCAAAAAUAUUCGUGAAUAUCAUACCAUCGAUAGUGAUAAUAAUGAAAACAAUGAAAAACACGACGAUAUCACCGAAAGUGGCUUUACCUUACGUCUGGAAGAAUCGGAUGACAUGACUCUGAAUGAAUGUUGCGUUUGGUUUGGUCAGCGAUACUUUACCCGCGAAAAACUGCGCCGUCGGCUACCGUUUAUCGAUUGGUUGCCCCGGUAUUCGCUGGCCGAUCUCAAAGGUGACAUCAUUGCCGGCCUGUCGGUAGCGUUUACAAUAGUACCGCAGGGGCUGGCACUGGCCGUUUUGGCCGGUUUGCCCGCUCAGUACGGCCUGUAUACGUCGUUUAUGGGCUGUUUUAUCUAUGCCCUGCUCGGCAGCUGUAAGGACGUAGCCGUAGGGCCGACAUCGAUAAUGGCCAUUAUUAUAGCGCCGUACGUAAUGAGCGGCGGUAUCGAGUAUUCAAUAAUCUUGGCCUUUAUGGCCGGUUGUAUACAACUGUUGUUCGGUAUACUAAACCUGGGGUUUAUUGUCGACUUUAUUAGCUAUCCGGUAAUAUCAUCGUUUUCAUCGGCCGCUGCCAUCACUAUAGCCGCCUCUCAAUUGAAACUAUUGUUCGGUAUGCACUACUCGGCCAGUCGUUUCCCGGAUACAAUGUACAAGUUUUUCCAUAGUAUGACUACCGCCGAUAUUAACUGGUGGGACACACUGAUGGGCUGCCUGUCCCUACUGUUCCUAAUACCAAUACAAUUGGCCAAAGAUUUCCGAUUCAAAGAUACCCGAAAUUCGCCGAAGAAAAACACAAGUAGUAGCAGUAGUAGUAGUAAACAUCGGGAAAAUUGGUACACUUUUCUGAACGGCCUAUGGGUUAUGACUGUUACCGCCCGUAAUGCCAUUGUUGUUAUUGUUGGCGGUUUUAUAGCCGCCCUGUACUACCAAUCGGAUAUUGAUGUUGACGGCGGACAACAACAUCGCAUUACAAUGACUGGCCAAAUACGGACAGGACUACCGCCGUUUCAGUUGCCGCCGUUUUCCAUUCAACAGCAGCAGCAGCCGAUGGUCAACAACAACAACACUACUACUACUACUAUUAGCGCCGAUAUUGAAUUUGGCCAAAUAUUUUCGGAUCUGGGAACGGGUGUGUUUGUAGUGGCACUGUUGGGUCUAAUGGAAUCGGUAGCCGUAGCCAAAGCGUUCAAUACCAACAAAUUGGACGCAACUCAGGAAAUGAUAGCCAUCGGUAUGUGUAAUAUCCUGGGGUCGUGUUUCGGUGCAUUUGCCGCAACCGGCAGUUUUUCACGAUCGGCAGUCAACCACAACAGUGGCGUACGGACACCGUUUGGAGGGGUAAUCACCGGCAGUCUAGUACUGUUGGCGUUGAGUACAUUGGCUCCGUAUUUCCAGUAUAUACCGCAGACAGUGUUGGCCACUAUUAUCAUUACGGCUGUCAUAUUCAUGUUGAGACCAUUGGAUCCGUUCCUGAUAUGGAAGACCAACAAAGUUGAUGUACUGCCCUAUGUAUCGACAUUUUUUGUUUGUCUAAUACUAGGCCUUGAAUACGGUAUAGUUGCCGGUAUCGCCACAUCGGUAAUGAUAUUGUUAUAUCAAAUGGCCAGACCUAAGGUCUAUAUAGUGAUGAAGUCGACACCCGAUGGCUAUCCAUUCCUAUACGUCAAACCCGAUCGAAGUGUAUUUUUCCCGUCAAUUGAAUACAUGAAACUCAAGAUCAAUAAACAACUGCCCGAUAGUAAUGAGUUGUCGUCAAAGAUUGCCGUUGUCUUAGAUGGCGAACACAUGUUCAGAGCUGAUUCAACAUUUGCAUUGGGAAUCAAAAAUAUGAUAACAAGUUUAAGCGAUCGACGAGUUUUGACCAUAUUUUACAAUUUACGUAAAACGGUUUUCCGUGCCGUCCAUGGAGUGGGUAUACCGGCCAACGAGUUUCAUAAUUGUCUCAAUGAAUCUCAUGUCUACCAAUUGAUUCAAACGCAUAACAAGUGUCGGGUAUUGAGAUCGCAAUCAAAUGUCGAAACAUUGGUAUCGACGAUGUCGUCGACAAUCAAUACUAGUCUAUAUCAUCGUAACGAACAUUGGAUAUCACAGUCGACUCAGGCCUACUGAGACCAGUUGGUGUGGGGAAUGGGAUGUAUGAAUGGAUGAUUGAUUGUCACUAUUUUGUCACUGCCAUAACCAGACGUUGUUUUAAUUGUUUUAUAGCUAUAAUAACCCGAUUUUUUUAUAAUUGUUUUUAUUGAAUACUAUUAUUUAAUAUAUUUUGUAAUGUAAUGUAUAUUUAAAUAA